UACUUAUAGUCUACCUAUUUUGUCUAGCUACGGCAUACUGGAGCAAUCGGAAUUUUUUUUAGUCGGUGACAGUCAAACUGUCAUUAUAUUUCUCAAUAUAAAAGUUAGUAAUCGAGAAUUGCGUGCCAUUUUUCAUAACAGAAAUAUAUAUAAUUGUGACUACAUCUCCUUUGCAUGACAAUUUAUAUUAAUGGGACGAUAAAAAUAUUUCUCAAUAAACGGUCUCUUUUUAAGUUAAAUGGAUAACUGUCAAAUUCGACAUCACAUCAAUUCAAAUAGGAUGUCAAAAUAAUGUCAAAAUCAAUAUGUCACAAAAAAUGUAGCAAACAAUAACAACAAGCAACAUGAAACACGAUAAAAAGCAUAGGAAAAAUAAAUCUCCAAAGCGAAGCAAGAAAUCAAAAUCAAAUAAAAAAGAGAAAAAGAAACUCAAGCACAAAGAUAAAAAAAGACGACAGAAAAAAUUGGAUAAAAAUUUAAAAUCGGAACAAGAAGAACAGGCAAAGACUACUGUUAGUCAAAAUAUUGACGAUGAUGAUGUUUAUUGUGGGCCAUCCAUUGAUCUCAUGAAUCGAGCGAAAUGUCCAGAAACCAAAGCAGAAUUCGAUCAACGUCAAAGCGUUUUAAAACGAGUUGUUGACCCAGAAACUGGCCGUGUUAGGUUAAUUAAAGGUGAUGGCGAAAUAUUGGAGGAAAUCGUUCCUCGUGAUCGUCAUAAGCAAAUCAAUCAGGAAGCUACGCGAAAUGAUGGAUAUUCAUUUCAAAAGAACACCGUUGGUUCAAUCCGCAAAUAAAUGAAUGAAGAUAAAUUCGAUGGAAAUAAUAAAUGUGAAGAAUGUCACGAUAUUCUUUGUCAAGCGUUUGAAAAUUACCGGGUCAUUGUCGAAAAAAAAAAUUUCUUCUGCUGUGGGAUUAAUUCUUUAAAGCCAUUUUUUUAUCAUUUGCUUUCUUUUCUGAAUUCAGAAAAUUUCUUUAUAAUAAUAUCAAUAUCGAAUAUACUGCAAGAGCAUUAAAUUUACAUAUUAAA